UACUCUGGGUCUGGAAGAGCAAGCAAAGAAAUCAAGGAUGAAGCUCCUUUUUGCAGCUGUCUUUGCACUCUUUGUGCUCUCAACAUUUGACAAAGUUGAUUCUUCAGCUUAUGACAAAAUAGUUGCCCACAGUCGCAUCAGGGCAAGAACUCAAGGGUAAGUUUAUUAAUUAUUUUUCAUUAUCUUAUGAUAUUUUGAAAGGUCUCUUUUUACAACAUAGUGAUGUAUUAAGUUUGCAUGCAGUUGCCCUCUUCACAUGAGUGUCUUUUCUGCUGUAUUUGUAAUGCAUUCUUAGUUGUUUUAUAUAAAUAUGUUUCUUUUACUUUUGCAUGUGUCAUGACAUUUUACUGGUUUGAUGGACAAUGACUUAGAAAAGGAGUUAACCAUCAGCUGCAAUUGAAACUAUAACACAAAUCUAACUAAUCUGUUUGCUGCACAUAAAUGUCAUUAUUCAUUUACAGAAACAGAAUAGAGAGUUGCAGUUAAACCCUUAAAUAGAUGUAUCUUGUGAUUUAUCUUACAGUUUAUAUACUUCACUUUCUUCAUGGAUUUUACCUGUUAGUUAAUGCUUUCUCCCCUCUUCACUGUAAUUCUUACCAGACCCAAUGUCUGUGCGCUCCAGCAAGUCGCAGGCACCAAGAAGAAGUACUUCAGCACUUGUCGUAACUGGUACCAAAAGGCCAUCUGUGGAAAGCCAGCGUGAGUGCUGUUACAUGUUCCCAAAAGGAUGAGUUGUUUUUCUUUCUCAGCGAUGAACAAUAAGAGCAAAUCCAGAGACUAAGAAAGUUACUCAGCUCUCUGUUCUCUAAGUUUUUGAGAAGGUAGAGUUAAUCUUUGGAGUCUGCUUUUCCUUCUGCUUCUUCUUUAGAGAUUUCAUGGAAACUUGAAUGUUUCCAUAGAGACCGACAUCUGCUAUCUUACUUUGAAUCAAGCUACCACUCAGGAUGAAAAACACAUUUAGGAAAGCAGCUCUAAAUCAUUUGUAUUGAAGAAUGUCCCGUCUGAUCCUAUAAACCUAAAGUUGGGGGUUUUAUAACUCAGGGGGUCUGGUCAUUGUUGGAUGCCACAGUGGUGAACCACUGAUUCCAAGAUGUGAUGUGGCUGCAAAAUGUUGACUGUAUUUAUGAAUGGAAAACAGUUCGGCUCAAUCAUUAGAAAAAAAAAAAGAAACCUUUUUUUCUCUUAUUCUUCCAGCCUACUCAGCACUUUUGUGCCUGGGUAUGGACAGCAGCCAUGUCUAUUUUACAGUCUCCCCCUCUCUCACACACAGCAUGCUCUCUCUGCUCACAUUGUGCCAAUAUCAAGAAAUUGGCUUAGCUCCUCGUGAAGGACAGUACUGCUCUCUAAACUCAGUGAAUAUUGAUAUACAUGUCCAAAGAAUUUUACCUUUUAAUGGAACACAUCUUAAUCUUAGAGAGGUAGAAUUUAACUGACUUGCUUAUUUGCACUUAACUGUAAAUUCUUGCAGAGUCUCUGGAAAAUGUUACAGUUGAUCCAAUUUUACAGGGUUCCUUCGCAAAAGUAUGGAAGUAAUUUGAUCAAUUUCCAGGUCUUAAAAAGUAUGGUAAAUGAAAAAUAAAGUAUGGGAAAAUAUUUGCUAACAGCCUAUAUUACCACAGUUAUAAAAUACUGUUUUCUAAAAAUAGAAAAGUAGGUAUUUCCAGAAAAAGUAGGGUAUGGAAAAGAAUGGAAAAUCCAACUGUGUAGGAACCCCGAUUUUAAAUAGCAAAAGUAUUUAUUUGAGCAGUGUUCAAUACCUUUAAUAAUAACUUUAAUAUCAGAAACACAAAGUCUAUAAUUAUGUUACAAAAUGGCUUAUAAUUGAGAUUUGAUUCACUCAGACAUCUCCUACUGCAAGCAACAGACAAGCAUCCCCCUCUUUAGCAAAUAUAAACAUUCGGGCUAACACACUGACCAAGAUGAUCUCAUCUGGCUUCAAUUGUCCUUUUUUCAGUAGUUUCUGGCAAUUCAUGCUGAGUCUAACUUUUUUAAAACAUGUCAAAACUGUCUCCACCAACUGAGGUUUGCUUUAACAAAUGAGCAGACUUCUGCCUCCAACCAAACCUCUGACUUGCCCAUUAGUUACACUGGACUUAAGCCACACGUCUUAUAUAAUCUUUUACAAAGUUAUCAUGAAUCUUAGUGGAACAGUUCUUUUAUAGAGACACCAACAAGUCAGAAGUUUCCAAAUCCACGGCCAGACACAAUCCCUCUGUGUGGGAGAGCAAUGUAGCGAGGGUUUUGCUGACUCUGCCUCAAUAGGGUUGGGGUGAUCUCAUCCCUCUCCCCUUAAAACGCAGAUUCGAAUUCAGCUGUUUAAGGAGGUGCAGUAAGCCAUGACCCUGAAACCUCAGUCUGUCUCCUGCCUGGGGCAUCAGCUGUGGACAACUGCCAUGAAAAAAACCACAGAAGUAAAAGAAACAAGUCUCAGCUUGAAGUCCUUGUUUCAAACUGGAGGAGUCGGUGCUAGCUUCCCUUAAGGUUCUUCUUGUACUUCUUAGAUUUGUGAUCACCUACACUCACCUGUGGCAUUUAAAGAAAGAAACUGGGUAAUGUGCUCGCCAAAUACCAUGAUUAUCCUAGUCAUGUUGAGCUGAACAAUGGGAAAAGAAGUCAUUCCCCUGAUGGAGUUUCUUCACAGUAAAAUCUGAGCAGCCUAUGGUAAUUUACUUCUCAGCCAAAUCCAAGCAUGUGGUAAUGUUUACCCCCUAGUGAGUACAUCUGCGGCUUUCUCUUAUUUCUGAAAAGACUUUUAUAAGCUAGCAUACCUGCCAGCUAUUUGAGGUAAAUGUACAUCUCGAAAUCUCUGGUCCUCCAAGAGUUGGGAACAAUGCUAUAGUUUCAACAUGUUUGAACGCGCUGACACCAGGAAUACAGUCAUGUUUAUAUGUAGCAGCUGCACUUUGAAUUUUACAAUCCUCCUCAGGCUAUGGUGUCCUGCACUGUUUAUGGUUUAAAGAGAGAAGACAGCGCUUCUCAUAUGUCUGCCCAAGAGCUCAGAAACACUUAUUUAUAUUUAAUUUAACUGGAAAAGAAACAACAAUGUCCGCUUUGUUUGAGGACGGUUAAAGAACAAUGUUAUUCAGACUAACUCUAAAGUUUUCUCAAACCCUUAAAUGCUCCAGGAGUCAAAAAAAUCUCCUUCAACUCAUCUUUAAUUAUACUGCAGCUAUGAGGCUUAAAUUCAACGGUUAGCUAAAUGUCAAACAGAGCUCAAACUAACUGCUUAGAGUCUCAGUCGUGAGAGCAUAAAGUUCGUCUCCCUUUCCUUUAGAUUUGGCCGGACCUAUUGGAUCACACGGUCUGUUUGGGAGAUGAUGGAAAUAAUUAGUGACAUGUGGAAAAGUGUAUGUACCAGACCAAAGCUGUGUCCUAAUCCAGCUCAAAAGCAUGGCCACCAGAAAAGAAAAAAACUCGCACAGCUGUUUGUUAAGGACUCUUGAAAACAGAACUUCAGAUGCGUGUUUCUAACUUCAUGUUAUACUUGCAGGACUGUGCUGUAUGAGUGCUGCCCAGGGUACAUGAAGAUGGAGGGUGUGCCCAAAGGUUGCCCUGCAGGUAAAGUUGUGUUAGCUGUAACAUUGAAGUAAACUCAUAAAGGUUGAGUAAGGCCAUAUCCAGCAACUGCGCUGCAGCUGUGUGCUAUUUCUGACACCAGACCAAAUAAAGUGAAAGAGGAUGUCUGAGCACAUUAUCAACACAUGUUCAGUCUUUGUUUUCAAGCCUCUAAAGUGUCUGAGGUUUCUGUUUUCUGAAGACACUCUCUUUUGUUAAUUCUCUCUUAGUGGCCCCCAUCGACCAUGUGUAUGGCACCUUGGGUCUGGUAAAAGCCUCUUCAACCCAGAAAUACUCUGACAUUUCUGAGCUCAGGCCUGAAAUCGAGGGACCUGGAUCGUUUACCUUCUUUGCACCAAGUAAUGAAGCCUGGGAUGACCUGGAUGAGGUGAGCCAAGAAAAAAAAAUUAUCAGAUGAACGUUUUUGGUGUGAGUUUUUUAACCUAUGCUGUUAUUUUACCCAACAGACAAUAAAGUCUGCGCUGGUCAGCAACGUUAACAUUGAGCUCUACAACGCCCUGCACUAUCACAUGGCCAACAAGCGCCUCCUGACCAAAGAUUUAAAGAAUGGCAUAACAGUCACCUCCAUGUACAACGACCUCGGUCUCUACAUUAACCACUACCCUAACGGGGUGAGUAAAACCCUCUAGUAUUAUCAAAGCUUUAACUCUUAACAGCUGCACUUAAAGUGGUUUUCAGUGGUAUAACAUCAAGGUGUGUGUUUUGUACAGGUGGUGACUGUAAACUGCGCCAGGAUUAUCCACGGCAACCAGGUUGCGACUAAUGGAGUUGUGCAUGUUAUCGACCGUGUUAUCAGCGCUGCUGGAAGUACGAUCCAGGAUGUCAUUGAAGUCACAGAUGAGCUGACAACUCUGAGUGUAAGUAAACACAAACACGGAUUAUCAACAAAAGCAUGGCAUCUGAGACGCAGCGACAGUCACUGCAGAUAUGAUAGUAAGGGUUUUAGUAGGGCUGAGCAAUAAACUGAAAAUUUACAGAUACCGAAAUUUACCACAAUAAAAGACAUCAUUUUGCCCAUAUAAACAUAUUCGUUGUCAAAAAUGAAUAAAUAUAUCAAAGUUGACUCCACCCCAUCCAGUCCGUAACAAAGAGGGAAAGACAGGUGAGGAGAUGGAGGACGGUUCAAAAGUUGUAGCGGCUGGAGUAGACGAAGUUAAUGUGGGAGGGGUUGUGGAGUAGUUAUCGUCCAUUUACCAGGAGUAGACUACACAAUUUAACGAUAAAUCUGCCAAAGUUUGGUAAAAACAUCUCUAAUUAAGACCAGAGCAGAGCAUCUAUCACUUAAAGUGAAACCAUGUUUGUCCACUCACUGUUGUGUCUACUCAGCUAAAAUCUACCUGACGAACGAUGACCCUUUGCUUAAAAUCUCCGUCUAGGAUUUGGCUCAAACUGCUGGACUGCUAGAGAAGCUUGGUGAGCCAGGACAGUACACUCUCUUCGCCCCCACCAACGAAGCUUUUGACAGCCUGGGUAGCGAUGUGCUGGAGAGAAUUCAGAGCGACGAGGGGGCCCUAAAAGGUGAACCAGACCUUCACUCUUAAAACCUUGCUGUUGCUCCUAAAUGUCCACCGUAGGCAGUUUGAGACAUUGCAGCAGAAACUGGGGAUUUACAUUAAAUGUGGAAAACUAGGACCAUAUUUAGCUGUAAUAAAAAAGGAGUAAGAACAGACACGCAGAGGUUCUCUGGAAACAAAACUACUAGACGAAGUCACCCUUAAAGGCAUUUCUUUAUAAAUGUUCAACUACUUCCAACUCGAAACAGAUGAAGCCACAGCAGAUCUGGAACUUACACUAUCUUGGCAAGCUGUGCAUAACAAAGACAUGUCGAAGAGUAAUAAAAAUAAGUCUCAUGUUUCUAGUCAUGCGUGAAAUUGUGGCUGGAAACAAUGCAACGCUUCAUUUGACACUAUAGCGAAGUUGUCUUAAAAGUUGUACAUGCUGUGAGGAGGACAUUCACAAAAAUCCUGCUGCUAUAAUUGUGCGCAUGUAGGUUUCUAAUCACAGUCCAAAAACAUAAAACUGGACAACAAAGUGGUCAAAAUAUCCGCAUAUUUGUAUCAGACUUGUUUUUAGAGGCAGGAAACAGCUGCUUUAUUGAGCAAACUGGUCAAACUGGCAACAACCCAACCUUUUUAUUAGCGUACAGCUUGCCCUGUGAAGUGAACUCACACCAUUUCAUAGAAAUUUGACAGAACUUCUAAAAAAUCCCAAGUCCUCUCUUUCAAGGACCGUAGGGAUCCAAAGGGUCUCAAGGUUCCCAGGAUGUUGAGCCCAUAUGUACUCAGCUGCGGUGUGACAUGUGGGAGACCAUAAAACAUCCUCCUCUGUAUUAAAAUAAAUGUCAACCUUCAACCAAAAAACACAUUAAUCUAAAGUUUUCCUGCUUUUUCAGCUCUUCUUACUUUCCACCUCCUGAACUCGGUUCAGUGCGCCGAAGCCAUCAUGACUGGCACCUCCUAUGAGACCCUGGAGGGCAACAACAUUGAGAUUGGCUGUGAUGGCGAGAGCCUCACAGUUAAUGGCGUCAAGAUGGUGCUCAAGAAGGACAUCGUCACAACCAACGGUGUCAUCCAUCUGAUCGACAAAGUACUCAUGCCAGACUCAGGUAAACCUCACACAUCCUCUCCUCAAAUCUGACAGAAAGCGUAAAUCCAGAGAAUGUGCCGGGUGUUUUUAUGUAACAAUAACUUCACUGUGUUGGGAUUUCCUGUGCCUUUAAGCCAAGCAGGUGAUGGAACUGGUCGGGAGUUCCCAGUCAAUCUUUGGUGACAUGGUGUCCGAGGUGGGAUUGUCCGCUGCCAUGAGACCAGAAGCUGAGUACACUUUGCUGGCUCCCCUCAACGCUGUCUUCAAUGGUGAGUCACGCGCUGAUCAUUACAUCAUAAACGGCGCUCUGUUUUCCUCUUUGCUGCUGGCUGAAUACGAUACCUGGUUAAACCGCACUUAGUCACAGUCUGGAAAUAAGGGUAAAGCUUUUUUCCCUUCACACGCUGACUCAUGAAUAAAAAGACCUGUGAAUAUACUGUACAAAAACUGGAGGGAAAUUGUGGAUUUAUUGGGACACUGCGAAAGCCUCAUGGCAUAUAACACCAAAGGACAUUCUUGAACCUCAACCAAAGGGAGUGGAGACGUUUUGUUACUGUCACAAAAAUGUGUUAUUAAUUUUUACUUUUAAACGGGUGUUAGGAAUGCAAAAGACAGCUCCAGCUGGAAGUAACAGGAACCUUACAUUCAAAGCAUGAAUACUUCCAUGUUCAGCAAACCACAAAUCAUGUCUAAUGACUGUCAGAAGUACAGUGGUGAAUCGGGUUAGCUUGAGCAGAAAGGACAUUUCUCUGUCUUUCUUUUUUUUAAGGUCCCCUAUUGUGGCAUUUUUCAUCAAGUUUAAAUCGGUCCCAGAGGUCCCACAAGAGUUAAAUUGAAGUUUGUUGUCAACAGUUAUUUGUGGAUAUCAGCCAGCCUGUACCCUCCUCUUUUUGAGCUCCAUGAGAACAGACUGAUUCUGCGCCUGUACCUUUAAAUGAUAAUGAGCUGUUUGUAACCACACGAUUGCAACCAAAGCACUAGUCAUAUGGGCGGCGGUAAAGUAACAUAAAAUGGUAAAACUUAAAGCUUCCACGCUUAAAGUUGGAUCCCUGACACGGACAGUUGGUACGGAUCCAGGUUUUAUCUUUAGCUUCUUAGCGAAUCUUGCGUAAAACAGCCCGUGGUCAAAUGUUUAGCACAUACAUACAACAUUUUCGGAGUUGUUUUGGGUACAUCCCCAUCAAAAAUAAAACUAAUCCACUGGGUCCUCAAAGACUCCGGCUACCUCGGCAAAGAAGUUUUAGAGGGCUGGGCUAACGAUUACCGGGGGCGGUGCCACCAACAUAUAGGAGGGGCUUAUACAGUUAUGUCGUCAUAAGCGCACAGCUUUUUCCAUCCGCCCGUUUGCGCUCAUGUUUUCAGAAAGGAGGGGAAAGCAAGAGAGUGAGAGAAUGAAAUGUUUUCAUGUCUAAGAUGUCUUUUCUGGUGUCAAGGAGAUACAUGAUGCUACCAUCGAUCUUUAAUGAUACUUAACUUAUUUAUUCGUUUUUGCUCCAGAUGAAGUGAUGGCUAUGGAUCAGGAUGUGCUCAAGUUUAUCCUGGAGAACCACAUCUUGAAGAGCAAGGUCGUCCUGGGACAGCUGUUCAAUGGCCAGAAACUGGAGACCAUUGGAGGGAAAUACCUGAGGGUUUUCAUCUAUCGUACAGUAUGUACUCUUCUCUGAACCUGUGCCCCCAAUUCUGGCUGAGUGCCAUUACACACACGCUGUAUGCAUUUCCCUCUGUGUCAUUUGGCCAUCAAUUUUUCUGCCUUUGAAACAUAAUAUUAAUCCCUUGCCUUUAACGUGAGGAUUCUUUCUGCAGGCUGUGUGCAUUGAGAAUUCCUGUCUGAUCAGAGGCAGUAAAGAGGGAAGCAAUGGGGCCCUCCAUGUCACAAGGACUCUGUUGAAACCAGCGGAAAAAUCUAUGUUGGAGAUUCUGACUGAAAAUGGAGGGUUCAAGUGAGUACAAAACAAUGUUUGGGAAAAUGGACUGUGGUAUUAAAAUGCAGCGUAAGACUCGACCACAUCUUUUUGGAUCUUUCCAUUAAAUCCACAUGGAACAUAUGGGAAUGAGAAACUGCUGUUGUUGCAGUAAGUCAGUCCCCAGUGGUUUCUUUAACAGCCAGCUUACUGUUCUUCUCUUCUCUUUGCUGCAGGAUCUUUUUGUCUCUGAUGGAGGCCGCCGGCUUGACUGAUCUGCUGAAACAGGAAGGAGACUACACUCUGUUCGCCCCGAGCGAUAAGGCUUUUGCUGCGUUGAGUUCAUACGAUCUGGAUUUGUUGAAGAGUGGGUUUUUCCUCGCGUUCUAAAUUGAAUAACGCAUGGAAUAAAAGUAUAAAUCGAAACUUUACCUGCAUGUUUUUUUGUACUUCAGGUGACAUGAAUGCACUCAGGACCCUCCUGUUGUAUCACAUCAAUAACGGUGUCUUUAUUGGCGGUGGUUUGGAGUCUGGCGUGACAAACCUUCUCAAGUCUCUCCAGGGCAGCAACCUCAAAGUCGUGCUUGUAAGUAUAUAGUGCAGUCAGACUUCUCAUCAGGUCUAUAGAUCACUAAAACUUCCCCAAACUUUUAUGAGCCUUCAUUUUAAAGGGAUGAAAAACAAUCAAAUCAGUUUGUUAAUUUAUGGCAGCAUCAAACCUUGUUUGAUUUGGUUUUUGAACUCGGUAACCUCAAUAAGCCAUUAAUGAAAGUUGUUUGCUGUAGGUAGAGCUGCUCAUUCCUCAUAUUCAGACAACAAGUUCAUUCAAGCUCCUAUUUGUGGUUUUCUUCUGUUUAAUGGUUUUAAAUGUUUCCCUCAGGCAGACAACAAAGUCAAGGUGAACUCAGUCGCAGUCCCUGAAUCUGACAUCAUGGCUUCAAAUGGAGUCGUUCACUUCGUCGACCAAGUCUUGUAUCCCGAAGGUAAAGCUUUCACUUGGUCGACUUUAACUUUAAGCGCUGUUAAGAUUCCUGUUGUUUUUGUAAAUCCUGACAGAUAAGCUUCUUUGUUGGUAUAACUGUUGUCGAGGCUUAGCUGCAGUAAACGCCCUCUGCUUUCUUUCAGAUAUCCCUGUCGGAAGCCAGGAUUUCCUCACGCUAUUGCAGAAGCUCAUCAGCUACAUGCAAAUUAAGGUGUCAUACCAAAUGUGACUUCUUUUUAAUAAAGCAUCGAGGCUAAAGGGAAGGGUGUAGUUUGUCUACUCAGGGGCUUUUUAUUCCAUCUUUAGCUGCCAAAAUUAAACUUAUGUAACUCAUGCUAAAGCGCAGGACAUGAACCUGCACGAAAUAUCAUCUUUGCAAAGUAGUGUGCUCAUGGUAUUCAGUGAGGGCGUGCAAUGUAAGGCUGAACUUGCCGCAAUUAUAAUAAUUUUCCACAGUUUUAUUAAAACAAGACUUUGUUAUGCAACAUCAGAUUACUGUACAGCUUUCCAUCGCUGCUGUAACAGAUAUUCUUCCCUUUUUUUUACAGUACAUUUCAGGAUUCAGAUAUCAGGAAAUCCCCCUCACAUUUUUGAGUAAGUAGCAUACUACCUUUGUCUUUUGUUUGUUUUGUUACUAAAACACGAAAUUUCACUCAUGUAUAGAAGGCAUGCUUCACUGUCAUUAAUACCUGUUUGUCUCCUGUUGUCAUUAGAGAGGAUCAUCACUGUCGUCCAUGAAGGUACAGUAAUGAUGAUUACGGUAUUAUCAUCAUCAUGUGAUUCCUAAUCAGUCAAGUCUCACAGGUCAGAGGUGGCUGUGAUAAAUCAGUUGUAUUCAUUAAAAAAAAAAAAAGAAAAUACUUAUAGGUGACUUUAGAGAGGAACCAUGGGUGUGUCCAGAUGCAUUGCCUGGGGGGGUAUGGCCCCUACCUUGAAACCUGAUAGGCCACCCAGGUGUGGAAAAUUUUUCCCUAAUUGUCACUUUAGAAAAUACUGUAAAUAUUUAUAUAUCACAAGUCCCUCAGUUAAUCAAAUAUUGCAUACAGACUCCGAUAAAGGGAUAAAGGACUUUACCUGUAUUUUACUUUUAAUUCAACUUAAGACAAAUGUCCUUUCGAGUCCUUGAGGAAGUAAGAUUAAAAGUUUAAAUGUAGUCGCUUUUAUUACCUUUGAAAUUGAAAAAAAUAAACAAAGGAAAUUAAAAUCUGUGUGAUACAUAAGUGCCUGUAUAUGAUACGAAUAAUGGAGAUGAAAAAGGUCAAUAAACAGAGCGCAUUUGUGUGCCUAUGAUAUGUCGCCUCACCCCCGUAUAAGCCAGUACCCCAGUCUGAACACGCCCUUGAUGAGAACUGACAAAUGACUGACACUUCCUCUUAAUCCAGAUAAUUCCACAAAAUAUGCACGCACAUACAUUCACAUGCAAGGUUUGACUUUCAAAAUAACCCAGACACAGAGGUAGGAAAAUAUUUUGACUGCCAGGGAUAAUAAGUGUUUUAUUUUUUUAAUAUAUAUAUUUUGAAUAUAAACCAAAAUUAUUAAACCAAAAAAAACCACAAUAUUUCGCAUAUGACGCUGCAGUGCAACAAUCCUAGUGCUCAGCCAAGUUAAACUUUUGAUUAUGAAUCACAUUCUUGUCCUUAAACAAACAACCUUUCAGAUCCAGUGAAAGGUCCAUUUGUUAUGACACCUGCAUACAAAUGGAAAGUUCUCUGAAUCGAAGGGCCGUGCUGUGCUGGUGUGUCGGUGUAUUUACACAGGCCUCCUUUUUUUUUUAGUCCCAGAGGUGAAAGUGACGAGGGUGAUUGAAGCGGAUCCCGUCAUCACCAAGGUUACCAGGGUGAUUGAGGGGGAGCCCAUCGUCACCAAGGUUACCAGAGUCAUUGAAGCGGAGCCCGUUGUCACCAAAGUCACAAGGGUUGUCUCAGGUAAGUUCUUUUUUAAUUAAUAUGUUAGCAUUUUUAGGAAAUCUCCCAUCCAAAUUUAUUUACUGAUAUUCAUUCAUCCUCCGUUUUCAGGUCCUCAGUACUCAGUCAGUACUGGUACCACCAAUGUCGAACUGGAGGGUAUGUAAAACUAUCUGAUUCGAGAAUAGGCAUUAUUAUUCAAAGACUUUUAAAAACCCAUUUUCUUCUUCAGGAACUGACCUUUCAUCAUUUACCACCAUUGAAGGCGGUGCUAACAUCGACACUGAAAGACUUACCGAAGUGAUUCGAGGUAAUUUGUUUUAGUUUCGGCGACAAAGGGGGAAAAAAACUUGAAUGCCAGUUUGUGACUUAACAUGUUUGUUUGCCUUUAUAGCAGGUGGUACAAGAAGAACCUCUUCUUCCAGUUCCAGAAGAGUAUUAGGUAAAAUUAAAACCUCUGGACAACGAGAAGUCCUUAGUUCUUGAUAGUUGUGACAAGAGUUAUUUGUCCACUCAAUCCACGCUUUGGUCAGGCACCGCAGCAAACUGCUCUACCUGAGUCAAAACACUUCAGACAUGACUCUGGUUCUUAAAGGAAUAAGUCCACAUAUGAGUUUUUGCUGAGAUUCAAUAGAAUAUAUUUAAAUGAUAAUAUAAAAGAUUAAAAACACUCAUUUCUGUAUGGAAAAUAAAAAGUGACUAUCAACUACAGAUUGCAAAAGAACUUACCUUAGCGGAGAGAGACAGCCAGCCUGGCUCCAUCAAAUAGGUAGUAAAACACGUCCUUACAGCACUCUUAAGAAUACAGAGCAGCAUUUGUGUUUGUAAUCCACUUUAAAACAACAUCAGCAACUUGUAAAGCACUUACAAGGGAGUAUGCACCUGAAGAUUUCUUGCCAAGACUUUCUGGAGUUUCCAGUUGCUGCUGCGCAACCUCACGGAGACUCUAGGAAGUUUCUGCAGCUGGUCCAUAAAUAGGCAGCACUCAUAAAUCAUUAACAAACACAAAAGAUAUUCCUUGAUAGGUCUAGUCAUUAAGAUGCCAAAUGUAACUCCUUAACUGUACAGACUUGUCAAGAGAAUAAAUGAGCAAUUUCCAAAAUGUUGAACUAUUCCUUUAAGCCUACUGCGCCAUGCUCAGUCUUUUGCUACCAUGCUUGCCCUCACAAUGCUAUGCUGAGGCUUGGUGCUAAUGCUAAUGUGUGCACUGGACACUUGAACAGCAUUUCAUGCUUCCCCCCGCAGGCUCUGAGUCUGUUAGUUAUUAUUAUCCACCCCACUCCCUGCUGUGCUGAGCUUGGUGUUUCCUUGGGGCUAGCGUUGAAAGCAGAGCUGAAAUGCCAAGCUUCAAUACAUUAAAUCAAUGAUUAUUUCCGUGUGAUCUAAAUGAUUUAUAUGUAUUUAAUGCACGAUCCGUUUCUCUUUCCUAUGCAGCUGGCAGCAGGAGGAGGGGAAGAGACUGAGCGCGGAGUAGUGAAAAGAUCAUCGUGAUGGCAGAGCGACACACCAGACCCAGGGGUUAAAAGUGGUGUAUUUCCUGUGGAUACACCUAAAAUGUCAGUGAUUUCAAAUAUACUGUAAAAGGUAUAGCUGACAAAAAAUAAAAACUAUUCUCUUUAAAGAUUUAGUGGUGCUUUGAAUGUAUAUGUUUUCUAUUUGUGCAAUGUCUGAGAAUAAUUUAGAUCCAUCUUAUGGAAGCAGUGUCUCGAGGAACAUUUUGGCAUGACUUUAAAGACACAAAACAAGUCAGGGUUGUAAUAAAUCUUUUAAGUCCAAGCUAGUAGGACUGCAGUGGAAACAUUACAUUUCUUCUCAAGAGGUUUACAAGGUCAAAACAGGGAGAUUUUACCUGGUAGUUCUGAUCAUUUAUAAAUCUCAGCAUGAUAAAGUUUGACUCUGUGUUUGAGAACAUUAUUUGUUUCAAUCUUUCCCCUUUUUAGGCUCUAAUUCUUUCAGGUUUUAUGUAAAUUUUGUCAAUGCUUAAAUCAUUUGGAAUACUGUAUCCAAACCAAAGGUUAUCUCCUUUCUAUUUUUUCAAACAUCUUUCAAUAAAGUGCAUUCUUUGAUAAAAACAAAAAUGCCAGUUUGACAAA